AUGUCAACUGACACUCUCGAAACGCGCUUUGAGCGCCUGAUUGUCAACGACAAGAAUGAUCCUAGUGAUGGAAAGAAAAUAUAUCCCAAGUUGAAAGUUGUAGCCCCCUCGAGUACACAAUCACCGAAAAGCUCGAACUAUCUUCUCAAAAUCGCACUAGAAAAUAAAAGCGGUUUACGGAAACCUGCGCCCGAAUCAUCGCGAGGAUCGGGAUCGGAAGUACCAGUCGAGGUCGAACAGAAGCCAACCCAGAUAUGUAAGCAACCUGCGCCUCAGAGCCAAUUCCAUCUCGGCAUGUUCGAAAUUGGACGACCUUUAGGGAAAGGGAAAUUUGGGCGUGUGUACUUGGCGAGGGAACGCAAGAGCCGCUUUGUUUGUGCGCUCAAGGUUCUAUACAAGAACGAAAUCAGGAACGGGGGUGUCGAGAAGCAAGUUCGACGGGAAAUUGAAAUUCAAAGUAAUCUACGGCAUCCAAAUAUCCUUCAACUCUACGGCUAUUUCCAUGAUGCCAAAAGAAUAUUCUUGAUUCUAGAGUAUGCUGGGAAGGGCGAACUAUACAAACAUCUUCAGCGCGAAAAGCGAUUUCCAGAAUGGAAGGCUGCGCUAUACAUCUCCCAGAUGGCUCUAGCGUUGAAAUUCUGCCACAAGAAGCAUGUGAUACAUCGAGAUAUCAAGCCGGAGAAUAUUCUUGUUGGUAUUCAUGGCGAGCUCAAGAUUGCAGAUUUUGGAUGGAGUGUUCAUGCACCGAGCAACCGAAGGAAAACCAUGUGUGGAACUUUGGACUACCUGCCACCGGAGAUAGUUAGGGAGCAGUGGUAUAGUGGGAAAGUUGAUCUGUGGAGUCUAGGAGUCUUGAUGUACGAAUUUCUGGUUGGGCAAGCGCCAUUUGAGGACUCCAUAGCUCUCACGCAUAGAAGGAUCGUUCGUUGUGAAUACACUGUACCGCAGUUCGUGUCACCGGAAGCCAAAGAUCUGAUAAUGAAACUUCUAGUUGUUGACCCAGAAAAGCGGAUUUCACUUGAACAGGUUCAAGAACACCCAUGGAUCAUCAAGUACUGCGUAGAGGGAGAGCGGGCUAGUAUGAGGAAGUCGAAACCGACCAAGGUCAAACCUUCAUCUGAUGGCGCGGCGCAACCAGCGGACACAGUUUAG